GCGAGCUACCACAAGUUUUAGAUUUUCGAGGAGAGAAAUGUACAGUUCGUCGCAAUUAUCGGUGGUAGCUCCUUCGCAACACAUCGCUGGUGACGCGAUCAUUAAAUUUUACGAUCUUCGAGCGUCUGCCGAGUUACGGAAGAAUGCCUUCUAAAAGUUUAAACGACACUCCUGUCAACAAAGAACGUCGUCACCGCCGUUCUCGGCAAACAAAGCGAUCCCGAGAUCUCAAAGUGUUGUAUCCCUCUUUGUGUCCUACCUUGACUUUGCGCGCCGAAGGCCGCACAGCGACGCUUCAAGGGCCUCGGUAGUUCGCGCUUCGAUUCGAAUUAGAACGCGAGAGAGAUUUCGCAAGAUUUCCCAUCGGAUCUCGUGGCCACCCCCUCAUCGCGCUGAUGGAAUUUUCCGUGAGAACUUGAACGUCAUAUAAUAUCAUUUGUCCCGCGAAUGCGAACAAAGCGAUAACCGAAAAUAGCCUUCACCCGCCAGAAAGUGAAAACGAAUCAGCAUGCUGUAAUCUAUACCAUAAAUGAACAUCGAUUUUCGAUUUCUCGGACAAGAUCUCGUCCUAAUCUCGGCCUAAUAAUAAUUUUUAUGAGUUUGAUAUACACUUUGCUUUGUGCCCUGUGUCAUACACAUAUCUAUUUAUAAACGUGUAACAAAACUUGUUUGACUCAGCAGAUCUCAACCUUAGAAUAGAUACUCCGAAUGAAUAAUGAAUAUUCCCAAUGCUAAUUCAAGUUUAGUACAGUUUCUAUUAUUAAAUUUUGAGUUUAAAAAACAAUGUUGAUUUAAGUAUACCUUGCAAUUUGAUAGAUUUAGAAGAAAAUCAAAAAGAUUUGUAAAAAUAUAAAAAAGGUUUUGAUCAUGUGAGUAAACUUUUACUCUGAGUAAUAUUAACGUCAGAAAAAUAUAUGUGGUUAAUAUUUUUCACGUAAAAAAGUUACAUUGCACAGCAUUUUAUAACAAUAACGCGAAAUACAAAGAUAUUAAAGAAAGGAAACAGUUUCAGAUGUUUCUCGACAGAAAUACGCACAAAGUAUUUCAGUAGCCUAAUUAAAAGUAAAUAACGGAUAACAUGUGGCAAGAGACAAAGAGAAGGUGAAUGAGCGUGGAAAAACACGUAUGACGUACGUAGUCGUACGUAGAACAUUGGGAACAGAUGCUGCUUCAAGUUGUGCACGACCUGGCAAUGUUUUCGACUUCGGGACAAUCGAGGAGUAAACGAGCCAUUCCACGCGAUUACUCGAUCUUGUCACGGCAGAUAUCGGCCAUUCGGCGUGAGCUCGAGAGAUUUAAAAUAAAAUAAAAAAUUUUUCCACUCCUACCAAGCGAUACGUUCAAAUAUUAAUUCAGUUCGAAAAAAAAUCGAUAAAGUACGGCGAAGAAUAUUAUUUUUAAGAAAUUACGGAGAUUAUUACGUAAGGGGCUCGAGGCUCUUUGGAUAAAAACAAAGGUUAAACGCAGCGCGAUGUAAAGCGGGGUCGAUCAGCUGACCCAAGAAUAUCAAGAUGCCUAAAAGAUCAUCGCGCGAACGCGAUGCCAAGCGGAUUUGCGAAUUUUGGCACGACGAGACGUUUCGAGCGUAUGAUGCGCACACGCAUACACGCGCGAAUUGCAUCUUUCAGCGAUCGUUGCAUGCGACCGAACGAGAACGAACGUGUCCCUGGUAUUAAUAGUCUAAUUACAUCAUGCUUCGAAGGUAAAUACGAGCGAAGAGACAGCGACUGUAAAUCGUCUCGGAAAGCGGCAGCAACAUUGUAACGCGUUGCGAAAUGCAGAGUGUUUGCGUCGCAAAGCGCAAGCCGGGGAUCAAUCGGCUUCUCUUCUCUCUCCGAGGUGCUUGCUGAUCGUUUCAAGAAGACGCUGAAAAGAGAAAGACAAACUGGGGAGAGACAAAGAGAGAGAGAGAGAAAGAUAUGUGUGCUAAGGCAUAUAUUUUAUAUGCGCAAAUCGCACGAAAGACAACGAACGGGCGGGUUUUCGCGAGUGCGAGCAGUUCUCCGGUCGUCGCGAUUCGAAGCGGUGCACUUUUUAAAAUUGCGCAAACCUAACGGCUCACCCUUUGCCCGUCGAUUUCUCGAUUCGCCGAAGUUCAAUGUCGCUUCGCACUCGCGGGAUUGCGUCAUCGUUCGAAGAUAAUUUUCUGAAUCACGGCAGAAGAGAGAGGAAAGAAGGGUCGUUUGUCGUUUCACGAGAAAUUAAGUAAGCCGCGAACUUUGAUCUCAACGAGCGUACCCUUUGUCUUGCUUCACGCUCGUUUUCCUAGACAGAAUUUCGUGUGUAUGCGUGCGUGCGUGCGUGUGUGUGUAAAUUUCGAGACCUUUUCUUAACAUAAACCUCGUGUUUACGCGACUCGUCGAAACAUCACGCAUCCGCGUGCAAGGCGGAUCUCUCAUUAUAUUAUCGCCUAAUGUCGUAUCGUUAUCGUAUCAUUAUCUGAUUUACGCCCACUGGAGAGAUGGAGGAGGAGAAACGAAUGCGAUUUCGCACGAUGCGAUCGUCGGUAUUGGCCUACCUUGCACGUCGCAUGUUUUCUGCCGACAUAUUCACGUAUUACAUCAAUACAAUGAAAAAAAAAACUAAGCUGCCAUCUUCGUGGUACAACAUCAAAGAUCUAUUCCCGCAUGAUGAAAAUGAAAAUACGAUACCAACUGAUGAGAAGGGAAAUUACUAUGCCAAUUGUGACACCUCGGUGUGGAUGAGGAGUUGCGAGAAGGAGGUGAUUGAGCCCCUACGAUCGACCGAGCUCACCGGUGUCAUUCCCAAAUGGCUAAAAGGCAUCUUGCUGCGGAACGGUCCAGGCAAUCUGAAAGUGGGCGAAUAUCGUUAUCAGCAUCUCUUCGAUAGUUCCGCCUUGCUUCACAAAUUUGGUAUCGCGGAUGGUAAGGUUACUUACCAGCGGCGAUUCGUUCAGACCGAGGUGUACAAGAGGAACAUGGCGGCCCAAAGAAUAGUCUACAACGAAUUUGGUACUAAUGCGACGCCGGACCCUUGCCAGACCAUAUUCCACAGAGUGGCCGCGGUGUUCAAACCGAACAAAACACUAUCAGACAAUACCAUGAUUUCAAUAUACCCGUUUGGCGAUGAAUAUUACACGUUCACGGAAGCGCCGGUGAUGCAUAGGAUUGAUCCGAAGAAUUUAGAGACGAUGAGCAGAAUAAACAUGACGGAGUACGUUAACAUUGUAAAUCACACUUCGCACCCUCACGUUAUGGCAGACAGUACGGUUUAUAAUGUAGGAUUGAGCGUAACGUCAAAGGGACCUCAAUAUAACGUCGUGUGCUUUUAUCCUAAUCGCGUGACUGUUGAUGAUUCUGGAGAAAAAAAGAAACGUUCUAUGUUCGAUAAAGCUACAAUCGUGGCCAGUGUGCCAAGUAGAUGGUUGUUGAAUCCGUCAUACAUGCACACCUUUGGCAUCACCGAGAAUUUCUUUAUUCUAGUAGAACAACCAUUAUCCGUAUCUUUUGUCAAUAUGGCAAAGAAUCAUUUCAAGCAAAAGGCGAUGGUAAACUCUUUCAAGUGGUACGAAAACGAAAGCACUCUAAUUCACGUGAUCUCGAGGGAGACGGGCAAAGUGGUAAAGACGUUCGUCGCGGAGACGUUUUUCUACCUGCACAUCAUCAAUCAGUUCGAAACUCGCGAUAAGGAGUACGUCGUGCUUGAUGUAUGCUGUUAUCGGAAUCCCAAGAUGCUAGAGUGCAUGUACAUCGACGCAAUGAAAAACAUGCACGAGGACGCCGAUUUCUCGAGGAACUUCCGCGCCCGGCCGCUGCGUUUCGUACUUCCGAUGAGGAACCCGAGCUCGAAUACGCCAUUGGAGCGCGAUCUCAUCACGAUUAAAACGGUGCAUCAGAGUAUGGAGGGUAUCAAUGGCGAAUACGUCGAGCCUAGGUCGAGUUGUGAUAUCAACGGCAAUGCGGACGACAUCAAAUACGACAACAGAACUAAGUUCUGGCAAGCUGAACACAGAGACGCUCUGCAGAAGAAGCCGACCGCCUAUCGACUUCCCGACGGCAAAAUUUUCGUAAAGCCAGAGCUUCUCUGCGAUGUCGGUUGCGAGACCCCGCGAAUAAACACGGAUUUCCACCUCGGCAAGGAGUACCGAUACUUUUACGCGAUAUCCUGCGACAUGGAUCUGGAGAAUCCCGGGACGCUCAUCAAGGUCGACACCUUCCGAAAGACCAAGAAAAUAUGGCAAGAAAAUGGUGCUUACCCUAGCGAACCAAUUUUCGUGCCGAAUCCUAAUGGAAAGAAUGAGGAUGACGGGGUGAUUGUGAGUUCGCUUGUCUGGGCAGAAAAGGAGAAUCAAGUUGGCCUCUUGAUCUUGGACGCUGCGACAUUCACGGAAAUUGCAAGAGCUACUUUCGACACACAAGGACCAGUGCCCAAAUGUCUGCACGGUUGGUUCAGUCUUGACCGUGAAGUAACCAGAAUGUAAUAUCAUUCGAUUAAGCAAAAGACUCAUUUGAGACUUAAACUAGAAUUGAGGAUAAAGGAAGAAGAAAUUAGUAUUAAAUUCAUUAUGAAAGGAUUAAGGAUUCGCGACGUAAAUUACUUUCAUCACGAAGAAACUUUUUCCUUUUUGUUCCUCCCCUAUUAUUUCGUUUAAAAUAAAUUAAAUAUAAAUAUAAAUACACAUUAUAUAAUUAUAUACAUUUAUCAACUCUUCAAUCUAAUGACUAUCGAGCUUUAAAGCUCGACUAGAGAAUCUUGAAUCAUAGAUGAAAAAUAAUCGAAAACUGUCUUCUCGCGUCUAACACUUUUCUUGUGCUGUUAAUAUCGUAUUGUGACAAACACACGAAUAAAUUAUUUAAGGUCU